UUGUGCUUAAAAAAACCUAAAAAUUGAUAAAAUAUCAACCACUUUAGAGUCCAAUAAGACAAGUGAGUGAGAUGAUUUAGGAGCGGCCUUUCCACGCUAAACCACCCACAUGUAUGUAUGUGCAACCAAGGCGUAUAAGGAGUCUUCUGUGGCAGUCUAUAACCGGAGUAAACUUGAACGAUGGCAUCCAGACUGUCGACAGUGCUUAUGUUUGCACUCGUGGCUCAGUUGUCCGUGCUGCCAGCUUUGACCAGCAGCAAGGGAAGCAAUGCACUUGACUCGAAAAAGUACAAAUUCUUAUACUUCGCUUCCAUUUUGGGAGGAAGCCACUACGUGGUCAUGUGCAGAUCGGGUAGGGCGCUGGUGCAACAGGGUCACCGUGUUGUAUCCCUUGUUGGCAGCUCCAACUCCAACAGAAGCUGGCAGAGAGACGCCGACGUGUUCUCCUUUGUGGUCUUCAACUCGACCUAUACCAAACAGAACAGGACCGACGUGAUGGACAAUGUAUCUAAGGUGAUCCUGCAGGGGCAUCAUAGUGACUUCUUCGGUCCUUUUCUGAAUUCUGCGAAUCUGUCAGGCAGACUGAGUGCAAUGGAUAUGUGGCUUCAAGAGUGUGACGAUCUUUUGGGAGAUUCAAUAACCAUGGAGCGACUACGCAAGGAGAAAUUUGACAUGCUUGUUACGGAUGACACAGCAGCAUGCGGACCACUGUUAGCCCAGGCUUUAGAUAUCCCAUUCGUUCAUAACUCCGUCUUCUUCGCCAUUCCGUCUAAACACGGGCAUUGGACUGGACUUCCAAUCGAGCCCUCGUACAUACCAGCGCGAAGUACGGGUUUCACCAACAAAAUGACGUUCCCCCAGCGAGUGAAGAACGUUUUAGCCCACUAUUUCUACGGUGUUGUCUUAUUCCGUCUGGGCAUGUGUAACUUCGAUGGUUAUGAUAAGCUAAAGGUCAAGUACAACAUCAAGCCAGAGAUGAGUACUCUGGAGUCCUACAAGCAAGCCUUACUGUACUUUCUGCACGGGAGCUUCGCAUUUGAAUUUGCCCGCCCCAUGCAGCCCAAUACAAUCCUUGUUCUCCAUCAUCCUGGAGUACACUCAAACCAAACGCUGGAAGACGACGUCGCACAGUUUCUGGACACUGCUCCCUCUGGAGUGGUGAUGUUCUCCAUGGGCAGUUUUGUUACGAUGAUGGAGCUUGAGCAGGCCCAAAUGUUCGCGGAUGCCUUCGCUAUGCUACCGCAUCGCGUGCUGUGGCAGUCAGGCGCCGACUUUGCAGGACUUCGGCUGGGGAACAAUACCAUGGUUGCCAAAUGGUUACCCUUGACACACGUCAUGGAGCAUCCUAAUGUACGGCUGUACGUCUGUCAGGGUGCAGGCUUAGCUCUUAACGAGGCGCUGUGGGCGGGUUUGCCGAUAGUUGGACUGCCGCUGAUGGAAGAUCAGAUGGACAACUUGGUCCGCGUAGAGGCAAAAGGUGUUGGGCUGAAAGUGGAUAUUGCCACCAUGACACCCAGGACUCUUAGCCAAAGCAUCGGUAGAGUCAUGACAGAUCCCAAAUUCAGUGAGAACGCACGGCGCAUCUCCGAUAUCAUGCGAGAUCUCGAGACCUCAGCCUCCCCCGUGGACACCAUGGCUCGCUGGAUACUGCACUUGGCCCGCUUCGGCGGGGAUCACCUACGACCAGCCGUUCAGGAUCUGAAUUUUGUCCAGAGGAAUCUUCUCGACGUCUACCUAUUCUUGGUUGUCGCGCUGGCCUUGGUUACCUGGAUCAACGUGACUGUGUUCUGCUUUUGUUUGAGGUGCAUGUGUCCCAAAGGCUGGAAUAAAAACCAUCUUAAGAAGGAGUAGAAUAACCUGGUAAAUCUAUACACUCUUAAAGGUCCUGGGUCAGAUUCGAUCCCGAAUCAGGGUCCGUUUGACCUGACACACUUUAAGGUCAAAAUGCCAAUUGGUGUGCGUGUCUAAAUGACACUCCACCGUGUCAAAGUGAUGUUUUUCCCGUCAACUGGCCCGGACAAGUGGCUCAGAUACGCGUCAUUUUAAAACGGAAAAGUACAAAAUCAAAUCUGACUUAAAAUCCAGGUCAAAUCUUAUCCAGGUCUUUCAAUGAUGGUUAUAGCGCGAUAACAAAACUGGCUCAUGUAGAUUACAUCGCAUUAAUACAGAUAUUGUCCUGAAACAA